AUGCCGUUCCACUCCUCCCAACGUGAAGACGGCUUCGGCUUGGAAGGAAGGGAGACGCAGAACGGGCAGGAGGAGAAAUGGUCUUUAGAUGGGCGUCUCCAGGUCUCCCACAGAAAAGGUCUUCCUCAUGUCAUCUACUGUCGCUUGUGGCGCUGGCCAGACUUACAGUCCCACCAUGAGCUGAGGGCUGUCGACCACUGUGAAUUUGCCUUCCACACCAAGAAGGAUGAAGUCUGCGUCAACCCCUACCACUACCAGAGGGUGGAGACACCAAUUUUGCCUCCUGUCUUAGUGCCACGACAUACAGAUAUCCCUGCAGAGUUUCCACCUUUGGAUGACUACAGCCCAUCCAUCCCUGAGAACACCAACUUCCCUGCUGGAAUUGAGCCCCAGAGUAACUAUAUUCCUGAAACUCCCCCACCAGGGUAUCUAAGUGAGGAUGGUGAAACAAAUGAUCACCAGCUCAACCACAGCAUGGACACAGGUUCACCCAGCCUGUCGCCCAAUCCUGUGUCACCCGCAAACAGUAAUCUUGACUUACAACCUGUGACGUACUGCGAGUCUGCCUUCUGGUGCUCCAUCUCCUACUAUGAGCUGAACCAACGUGUAGGAGAGACUUUCCAUGCCUCCCAGCCCUCCCUCACAGUAGACGGAUUCACAGACCCCUCCAACUCUGAACGCUUCUGUCUGGGCUUGCUGUCCAACGUUAACCGCAACUCAGCAGUAGAGCUCACACGCAGACACAUAGGACGGGGCGUGAGGUUGUACUACAUUGGGGGCGAGGUGUUUGCAGAGUGUCUCAGCGACAGUGCCAUCUUUGUCCAGAGUCCCAACUGCAACCAGCGCUAUGGCUGGCAUCCUGCCACUGUCUGCAAAAUACCGCCAGGCUGCAACUUGAAGAUCUUCAACAACCAGGAGUUUGCUGCUCUGCUGGCCCAGUCAGUCAACCAGGGCUUUGAGGCGGUCUACCAACUCACCAGAAUGUGUACCAUUCGCAUGAGUUUUGUCAAGGGUUGGGGAGCUGAGUACAGACGUCAGACAGUGACCAGCACCCCCUGCUGGAUAGAGCUGCAUCUCAAUGGCCCUUUGCAGUGGCUGGACAAGGUCCUCACACAGAUGGGCUCUCCCAGCAUCCACUGCUCCAGUGUGUCAUAGGAGCAGCACAUGCUUCCCAGAGACCCUCCCUCCCCAUCCACACACUUAUACACAAACCACAUAGGAAAACUCAAGCGUCCCUCAGUGAUAACAAUGAAAGACAUUCAUUCAUUAAAUUAACGAAUCACCCUCCUUCCUCGCAGUCUCACAUUUCACCUCACGUAUAUUAUAUAGCACUUUCCUUAGUACCAUUUAGUGUCUACAUUUGAUGGUUAUUUUAGGAAUUGUACAUUGUUUUGUUUUCAUGUGUUCAACGGGCAGCCACAGGGUAUUUGCAAUACAAUAGGUUUCAAAAGACUAACCACAUUUUCAUUAUUCACUCGGAUGUCAUGUAUAUGCUUAGUGUUGUAACAUUUUUUUUUUGUAUAAAGGAGAUUUACUUUGUUUGUCUCCUACAUUGAAGUUGUGGUACAGUUUCAUUAUGGUCACCUUUUACAUGUUUCAAAACAUUUUUGAUUCUAUGAAUUACCAAAAAUUAUGAAUACGCUAUCAUCACUGGUGUUUCAGUGUCCUAGUACCACUCUUUGUAAUUGCUGAAUUUGGAAGCUUAUAUAUUAAUUGAACCAUAAAUUAACAUGAAAAUGUAACUUUGAAUAGUGAUUAAAUAGAAUAUAUUUAAUGAAUAUUAAGUACAAGGUACUUAGCCCAUAUUGAUUGAUCUAUAUUAAUGAGUGACAGUUAUCUGAUAAAUCAUGUAAUUGGUAUUUUAUCUAUUUUAAAGAAAAUAUAGACAUUAGCACCAUUGUUUCUUGAAAAGAACCCUUGUAUGAAAACUAUUUUGCUCAGUGAAAGAGACAUUUUAUAAGUUAUUUUUGCAUACUGUCUUGCAUGGGAAUAUAUUUUUUUUAAUGCCUCAAUAUGAUUGUACAUAAAUAUUUAUAGCUUGUUAUUUCUUGUAGUCAUGAAUUGCUUGAAACAGUGGACCUGACUGACCCCUGGCAUGAGUAGAUUCACACAAGGACUUUGCUUUAAUUGACCCAAACUUAAACGCAGACUGUUCUAACCCAGGUCAACUGGUUCUCAAGUGUGACACAUAGGAAUACUGGUAUUUCAUAAUAGGGACGUAGAGUAUGACAUACAAUAUGAGUGAUCUUGGUGGACUGGUUGAGUUUAGGCACAGUGUGACUUCAGUGUGAAGGGUAGUCACUAGCAGCAACUUUGGCUGUGGUUCAUCCAUCGAAGGCAUGUAGAGUGAAAACAUAAAUGCAGGUCUUUUCACAUAUUACCAACUGUUAGCCAAUAGUACAUUAUGCUCCUUGUGGGUAAAUGAUGCACUUCCAACUUAAUGUGUUGAUCAGUGUAAAGCUUUAGUUCUAGUGGUAGUUUGCUUGUCCAGUAAAUACUGUAUAUUACAUGUACAUUGCUGCAAUAUAUGGCCUGUGUAAUAUGCUCGCUGUCCUUGGUCAUCUAUGAAGCCACCAUGUUUAUCCUGCACUUACUUACAGUACAUAAGACUGGGGCACCAUGUAAUCCAGUUAGAUGGUGUUAAACUGAAAUACUGUGUACUAAAGUGCGUUAGGUAGUUGGUAGAUCUGUAUCAGUACUUGUGUUCCUCGAUAUUCUUAGUUGGUGGUUUUCUCUUCCAAGUCUUAUGUACAUGGUUUUUCAUGUAGCCUAAUAUUUGUUCUCAAUGACCAUUGUUUUGUUAUCUGUGAAAAUUUAAUAAAUUGCAACUGAGUAA